AGCCGCAGCAGCCGCAAAGAGCUAAGCCCGGCCUGGGAGGCGCCUCUCCGUGACUCUCCCGGACAUGCCCAGGGCGGCGGCAGCUCGGACACUCGCGCUGCCCGACCUGUGAAGGCCAGCAGGAAGGCGUGGCUGCCGAGCUUCUCUUGUUACAGCGAUUAUUGCUUCCCUUUGGAACACAGAGGUAUGGCCUCACAAGUCUUGGUCUAUCCACCAUAUGUUUAUCAAACCCAGUCAAGUGCCUUUUGUAGUGUGAAGAAACUCAAAGUAGAGCCAAGCAGUUGUGUGUACCACGAAAGAAUCUACCCACGGAUCUAUGUGAAUGGUAAAAACUUUGGAAUUGCUCAUUCUCCCAACAGGGUUAGUACUUAUUUUCAGACUAAGAACCCAUUUGACAGACCUCGAGGACAGAACUUUUUGUUGCAGACAAGUGCUGUUGCUUUAAAAAAUACGGUAGGUGCUACAAAUGUAUUAGCAGCGCAGGCGCAACAACCUCAAGUUGAGGCAUCUCAGACAGGUACACAGGGAACCAGGUUAGAUUUACUGGAUGGAUCCCAGCGAUGUGGAUUGAAGCGUAAGAGUGAAGAGUUGAAUAAUCAAAGUAGCGCAAUGCAGAUUGUUGAUGAACUGCCUAUAUUACCUGCAAUGUUGCAAGCAAAUAUGGGAAACCCGGUGACGGUUGUGACAACUACUGCAACUUCAAAACAGAGUGGUACCAGUGGAGAUGGAGAUUAUCAGUUAGUACAGCAUGAGGUGUUGUGCUCUGUGAAAAAUACUUAUGAGGUCCUGGAUUUCCUUGGGCGAGGGACCUUUGGACAAGUAGUAAAAUGUUGGACAAGAGGGACAAAUGAGAUUGUCGCAAUCAAAAUUUUGAAGAAUCAUCCUUCUUAUGCACGCCAAGGACAAAUAGAAGUGAGCAUAUUAGCAAGGCUAAGUACUGAAAAUGCAGAUGAGUUUAAUUUCGUGAGAGCUUAUGAAUGCUUUCAGCAUCGUAACCAUACUUGCUUGGUGUUUGAGAUGUUGGAACAGAAUUUAUAUGACUUUCUGAAGCAAAACAAAUUCAGCCCUCUACAACUAAAAGUAAUACGGCCUAUUCUGCAACAGGUGGCCACUGCACUGAAAAAGCUAAAAAGUCUUGGUUUAAUCCAUGCUGACCUCAAACCGGAGAACAUUAUGUUGGUGGAUCCUGUCCGGCAGCCAUACCGGGUUAAAGUAAUAGACUUUGGAUCUGCCAGCCAUGUGUCAAAGACUGUUUGUUCAACCUAUUUACAGUCUCGGUAUUACAGAGCACCAGAGAUUAUACUGGGGUUGCCGUUUUGUGAAGCCAUAGACAUGUGGUCGCUGGGGUGUGUGAUUGCAGAGCUGUUCCUUGGGUGGCCACUGUAUCCAGGAGCACUGGAAUAUGACCAGAUUCGUUACAUUUCACAGACUCAAGGUUUGCCAGGAGAGCAGUUGUUGAACAUGGGAACGAAAACUGCAAGAUUUUUCUGUAGAGAAACAGAUGCACCAUAUUCUGGUUGGAGGUUAAAGACACUGGAAGAGCAUGAGACAGAGACAGGGAUGAAGUCUAAAGAGGCCAGAAAGUAUAUUUUCAACAGUUUGGAUGAUAUAGUGCAUGUGAACAUGGUGAUGGAUUUGGAAGGAAGUGACCUAUUGGCAGAGAAGGCAGAUAGAAGAGAAUUUGUCAGUCUGUUGAAGAAAAUGUUGCUGAUUGAUGCUGAUUUAAGAAUUACUCCAGUUGAGACACUGAAUCAUCCCUUUGUUACCAUGAAGCAUCUCCUAGAUUUUCCACAUAGCAACCAAGUGAAAUCUUGUUUCCAUAUCAUGGAUGUCUGCAAAUACAGAUCUAACUCAUAUGACACAAGUAAUUGCAAUAAAACACCACUUAUGAGACCAGUUGCCUCAGGCAGUGCUGCUAAUCUGACUGCAAACUUCACCAAAAUUGGCACAGUGAGGAGUCAGGCAUUAACAGCAUCUGCCCAUUCAGUUUUACAUCAUGGAAUACCACUGCAGGCAGGAACUGCUCAGUUUGGUUGCAAUGAUGCUUUUCAACAGGCAUUGAUUAUAUGCCCCCCACCUAUCCAAGUUUUUUCUCCUUACAGCAGUUUAGGAGCUCAUUCACUCAUUUUACCUGUGGGAUUCCAGGGCAGAUGUUGUCUUCUUAAAACUAGAGAUCCUAGCACCAGGCCAAAAGGAAUUCCUACAAACCACAGUAAGCCUACUGGUUACUCAUUAAGGGUAGAUAAUACAGUUCCAUUGGUGACACAGGCCCCUACCUUACAGCCACUACAGAUACAAGCAGGAGUCCUGUCUCAGCCAUGGUCUAAUCGAACUCAGCAAAUAUUGAUUCCUGCUUGGCAACAAAUAACACCUGUGGCUCCUUCUACUGCAACUCUAGCCUCUGAUCCAGUGGCUGGUCCACAAAGAUUUGGAGACUGGGGGAAAGUGAUUCCUCAUGGCAGCCAUUACAAUUCAGUGAUGCCACAGCCUCUCUUAAAUCAAAUAACUUUGUCUGCCACUCAGCCAAUUAGUGUGGGCAUUGCACAUGUUGUCUGGCCACAGCCUGCAGCUACCAAGAGAAAUAAACUGUGCCAGAACAGGAGUAAUCUGUUACAAAAUACCAAUAUUCAAAAUUCAGCAUUUAUAUCUCCAAAGAUAAUUAAUGUGAAGGCUGUCAAGAGAGUAAGUUGUAUAGAAGCACAGGACAAUCAUAACUCAGAAGGACAGGAGAGGAACUGUUGCAAAACAUCUGUCAGGCAGGACCCUGAUUCAUCUGUUUCAAACAAACAGCGCCAGGCUAUCAUCAUUGCAGAUUCUCCAAGUCCAGCAGUCAGUGUGAUCACCAUCAGUAGUGAUACAGAUGAAGACGAUACAGGACAAAGACAUUCACUAAGAGAAUGUAAAGGUAGCCUAGAUUGUGAAGCCUGCCAGAGCACUAUGAAUAUUGACCGUGUAUGUUCGUUAAGCAGCCCUGAUAGCACUUUGAGCACCAGCUCCUCUGGCCAGUCUAGUCCAUCCCCUUGCAAAAGACCCAACAGUAUGUCAGAUGACGAACAAGAGAGUGGCUGUGAUACUGUGGAUGGUUCUCCGACCUCAGACUCUUCAGGACAUGACAGUCCAUUUGUAGAAAGCAGUUUUGUAGACAACACCAAUCAAAAUACAGAAACCAGAAACUUGGUUAACCCAGAAACCAAACCCGCUGUCUGCGCUGUUGUGGUGCCACCAAUAAGAAUAGAAAACAGAUUAAAUUUAGAUGAGCAGAUGGUGAAUACAGAUAACACAUGCCAGCCGCUGAUAAAAGGCCGAUCUGUCCCUGGAAGAAUAAACCAGCCUCCUGCUGUGAGUAACCGUCAGCAAAAAUUGACAUCAGCAUUCCAUCAGCAACCUAUAAAUUUCAGUCAGAUUCAGCACUUUGGAUCUGGGCCUCAGGAGUGGAAUGGAAACUACAGUCAUCGAAGACAGCAGACAUACAUUCCAGCUGGUGUUGCCAGUCAUCCGUUCUCCCUUCCACAUGGAAGUCCAAAUCACAGUACGGUGCAUGCACAUUUAGCUGGAAGUACACACCUUGGAGGACAGCCUGCUAUUCUUCCGUAUCCAUCAUCUGCACCCCUUAAUACUGCUGCACCUGUAGCCCACCUCCUAGCCUCAUCAUGUACCUCAAGACCUAUAUUGCAGCAUCCAACCUACAGUAUAGCUCAUCCCAAUGGCAUAGUUCACCAAGUCCCAGUGGGCAUAAAUCCCCGUCUUUUACCUUCCCCAACCAUUCAUCAGACUCAGUACAAACCUAUUUUUCCACCACAUUCUUACAUUGCAGCAUCACCUGCUUACACAGGAUUUCCACUGAGUCCAACAAAACUCAGCCAGUAUCCAUUUAUGUGAGAACUCGAGUACAGUAUGUAGAGGAAGCUCAAUGAUAAACGCUUGAUUUAAGAAGAAACAUGGUAUUUAAUAAAAAUUAGCCAUGGCACAACAAGAGAAUUAUUUUUUGAAUCAUGUAGACUUGGGUGCAAUUUAAACAACCUUGAGCUUUAAAUAACAAAACAAAACUCACUUUUAAUGUGUUUUGCACAUUUGGUAUAACUUGUAUCUUUGGUCAUAUUAUCUUCUUAUAUAGUAACUCCAGACAGGUGACUUACUGGAGCAGAAUUCCAGUUUUGCUCCUUCUAUUUUUUAUAAAAUUGCCUUCUAACUAGUGCAAGACACGUCUACAUUUGGGAAGCCAUUCAGUGUACAGAUUUAGAGCAACAGAUGCACAUAUGUCAGCAGUACAGUGUACAAGUAAAAUGUUUGUAUUGUGUAUCUUGGUGUUUAAAUGUUGAGUCACUUAUCUAAAAAGUUGAGUUGUUCUUCACAUUGCAUGUGUCUUUUGCAUGGGCAAAGAAGAGUUGCCUAGACAUUGCUCUUAAAUGUUGUUGUCCUAAUAAUCUCAGCUGCAUUGUAAACUGUUCCCACACAUAGUGCCUUAAAUAUUUGAGGUUGUUAAUGUUAUUACUUAUAUAUACAUGUUGAGGACUGCAGCACUUAAAAUUCAGAUCUUCUGAUUUUUUGAUAGAGUAAUGCUCAUUUGGGGUUUUGUGUGGUAUGAUUUUAGUAUUGGGUGUUUUUCCUUGUCAAGAUGGCAGCAUGUUUUGCUGUAGCUGAAUUCUGCUGUCUGAUUUUUUCAGAAUGAUCUAGCUUCAAGAGAAGAAUUUAGUAGUGCUUAAGAAAAGUCAAUUCAGUAGCUUUUAGUGAUAAACACAAAACAGUAUUUUAUACUGUUAAAUGGAACUGCAAUACAAUCUAAGUAGUAUAUUUUCAAAGUGUUUGUCUAAUUGGAUUUAAUAACAUGUUUAGAGGUGCAGUAGGUA